GCGAGCCUGUUUCCCUUGUCCGCUUCAACCCAACGUGAAGGCCAGAGCCAGAACCAGACUCAGAGCAGGCCAAGCUUUCCUGCAACUACGUCACCCGAAGCGUCUCGUGGGCCUGGAUCCGGGGAUGCGCAUUCAGUGGGACAGCCAAGAGAUCGGCUCGACCGGCCCGACUGGAGUGGCCACCCGCGCGCGAUAAAAUCCUUAAAAGGGGUGUUGACUGUUGAUUAAUAUUGACGGACUUGUCGAAUCUCUUCCUCCCUCGCGCAUCCCCAUCAUGGUUGCGUUCAAGAGUCUCUGGCUCCUCCUGCUAUUGCGGGGGGUCCUCCACGUGGGCGCCAAGAGCACCGAUUCCACCACCGAUUCCACUUCCACUUCCACCAUCACCACCUCCUCCCCCUCCUCCGAUCACUCCUCCACCUCCACUGCCUCCGAGUCUUCAACCGACACCAGCGCCCUCAUCAGCGUCAUCACAACCGAAACCGCCGUUGCCGCUCCCACCGGAAACUACAUCAGCUACAGCACCACCAUCACGGUCGCAACCGGCAAGAGCAACCAGACUACCUUCUCUACCAUCACCGCGUCCGCGAACACCACUACCAAUGGCACCAUCACCACGACCUCGGGCGUUGAGCUCACUGGCACCCGCGGCACCUCCACCUCCACCGCGACGACCCCGGCCAAUACCCAGCCUUGCAAUGGCUACCCCGAGUUCUGCAGCCGCCAGUACUCGAACAUCACCAUGGUCACGGCCCACAACAGCCCCUUCGUGAAGAAGAACAACAUUGCGUCCAACCAGGAAUACCCGGUGAAGACGCAGCUCGAGGAUGGAGUGCGCAUGUUGUCUUUCGAGGCCCACUACUACGAAGAGGAAAUCUACCUCUGCCACACCUCCUGCGACCUCCUCAACAUGGGAACGCUCGAAGCCUACCUCACCACCGUAACCGACUGGAUGAAGGACAACCCCUACGACGUCGUCACCAUCAUGAUUGUCAACUCUGACUACGUCAGCCCUGCCAACUUCACCGGCCCCAUCGAGAACUCCGGCCUGAUCGACUACGCCUACGAGCCCUGGAAAAUUCCCAUGAGUCUCGAUGACUGGCCUACCCUCUCGGAGAUGAUCCUGAGCGGAAAGCGCGCUGUCGUGUUCAUGGACUACCAGGCCAACCAAACCGCCUACCCCUACAUCCUGGACGAGUUCACGCAGAUGUGGGAAACGCCUUUCUCCCCCGUCAACGCCUCGUUCCCCUGCACCGCGCAGCGACCCCCCGGUAUCACCGCCGCGGAGGCCGAGGAUCGGAUGUACAUGAUCAACCAUAAUCUGAACCUCGAGGUAAUUUUCGAAGGGAUCGACAUCCUGAUUCCGGAUUCCGCGCAGAUCAACGUGACGAAUGCCGUGUCCGGGUACGGAAGUGUGGGCCUUAUGGCGAACAACUGUCGAUCCAAGUGGGACCGCCCGCCUAAUUUCCUGUUAGUGGACUACUACAAUGACGGCAACGUCCAGGGGUCCGUUUUCGAGGUCGCAGCGCAGCUGAACAAUGUCACUUACAACGGGAAGUGCUGUGGAGGCUCGUCGAGCGCGGCAUCCCGCAUUGUCGAUGUCUCCUACACGUGGCUCUCGCUCUUCAGCGUCGUCGUCGUGGGCUGCGUCAGCUUUCUGGGCCUAUGAUAUGAACACGUGAUGACAUAGAAGCAUGAUGUAUAUAUAAUCGAUACGAUAGAAGUACCUAAGCAUUGCAGAUGUGUGAUGAUUUUUUAAUUGAC